CAAACGGGCAGAUCUCCAGGCCUACUAAUAUCUAUCACAAACAGACGGGCAUUUGUGGGCAGUAACAUAUGGAGUUGUGUUAAAUGUGGACGGGACACAGAGGCUGCUGGGUACAGAUACAGGUUAUCGCUCCGCGUGUCCAAAGACUGUGAUGUGCUCGGAGUGACUGUGUUUGGGAGCUGCCUGGACUCCUUCUUUGGCGUGCCAGCAGGACAACUCCACCGAUAUCUGAAUGCUUCUAAAGAAAGCAGGGGGGUCCAGAUGACUGAGGGGCUGCUCAGGAGAUCCCUGGAUGACUGCUUCAUCGGAAGAUGCGUGCUUUUAGGAAUCAAGUUGCCUGGCAACAUUGGAGAACACAGACCACCAGGAAGGCAACAGUCUCCAGUUCAGUGGCCAGGCUCGAUGAGGGGACCUUCAGAGCAGUACAUUGCAAGUAAGAUCACUCUGCCAAACGAAGGGGUCUUUGGUUGUACCGUAGUCCAGUACCUGCAGAGCCUCCUGCGUGUGUGUGGACCCUCAGAGGGUAGCUGCCCUCAGGAGGCCUCACGGGACUCUGAUCAGGGCAGUUACCAUGACUACUCGCAGCUCUGUCCUGGAGGAUCGUACUUGCAUUUGAGCGAGGCGGCCGAUGCUGCCUUCCCCCUACCUCUGCAGCGCUCACCGGGGUUGAGCUGCGUGUCGGUGGACUCCCCGGAACGGUCUGUCUCAGACCUGGUUGAGACGUGCAGGACCGACAUCUCUGAUGUCUCUGCUGCCGUGGCAACAUGCAGCUGCUGUGAUGGACGUCAUGGUCAGAAGUAUCAAGGGUCUGUCAGCCAGGAGUCGGGAUACGGUGAAACAUCCAGGGACAAAGAGCUGACUGGAUCCUUUUCUCCAACGUCAUGUAUUCCAGUCGAAUCAUCAGUUGGCUCUUUAUCUCAAUCUUUUUUCCUAGAUGAACUGUUAGCUUAUUCGUUUACUCGAUUGACAAGACGGGACAAACUCUUGACCGAGUCUCUGUCUCGUUCCUCUUGUCCCAGAUCGUCCGAAUCUUUGGCCAAUCAGAACCUGAUGCACUCCAGAGAGAGAUCCCAUCAGGCAGACUCCUUAGAACCGGCCUGUGGCUUUGACGGUCAGGAAGACACGGCCACCACACCAGAGCACCUCGUCUACGACGCCGAAGAGGAGUACGACUAUUCUGCAGAGCUUUUCGACGUGUCCAGUCUGGACAGACACGACUUUCGGCGAUCUGGGCAGGUUGGACGCAGACCUCGGACAUCUGCAGCUCUUCGCUCCGUGACGCCACGUUUGGCUCCAGUCUCCCAGUCCACUCCCAUUCGUGGCACAAGGGCUCCAGAGAAAGCACGGGUCUGUAGAGACGCCAACCAGCACAAGGAAGUGUCUCCUCGGGGGCUGCGUCUCUGGGAAUUAGGAAGUAGGACGGACAGUCAGACUAAGCGCUGUGUUCGAGAUGACCACUGCUGUGUUGCAGCGUUAUCCACUGGACUGCCAACAGAAGAUGCCGAUUUGUCUAAAGACCUUUUCAUUGAUUAAUGC